AUGGUUAAAGACGAGUCAGGACACAAGCACCAAAGCCGGGAUCGUUGUAUGAGAACUACUUUGACCAAUAAGCUUCGUUCUUGGUUCCUCAAACUGGCAAAUUUUCAGUUUGUCAUCGCCGGACCUCGGUCGUGGAAACCACAGCCCCAGUCGUUCACAGCAAUGGCUUCCAACGAGUCCUUCAAGGUCCACAAAUUCUCUUCGAAGCUGCCAGAAGCAGAAGCUGCUCGCCAGAGAGAGAACCAGCGGCGUCAUCGGGCAAGAGUGAAGGGUAAAAUUGCCGAGCUGGAAAGCUCUCUAGCUGACACUCGCGAAAGGCUCGAUGCAGCUCUCAAGCAUAUCCGAGAACUGGAAGCCGAGAACCAAAGACUCCGCCGUGAAGCUUCAAGCUCAGUCUAUACUCCCGAAUCCCGGGAUGAGUCACCUGCAGAGCAACUCCUCUACAUGAGCCAAAGUGGACGUAAUGGCUACCACCAGUACUCUCAACAGCAUCAAUUCGAGCCACAUCAACCGCCAAGGCAACAGCAACAGCAACACCGACUGCCCCCCGUAAACGGCUUGGACAUACUAGCCAGCAUCUCGUCCAGCGAAAGCGCAGUACCACCCCGUCACCGCACCUAUCACCCCCAUGAACUAGACUGUGCUCGAAACCUGGCUUCCCUACCAAGCUACGAGCCCACACCCAUAGCCUCUCCCAGAGACAUGUCCCCCAUCGCGGCCCUACUCUCCAUGCCUACCGCAACCGGCUUCCAUUCACCCUCCGCCACCACCAUCUCAGCCAGCCCCUCCACCGAGUCACCACGCCGGGCCUCAGUGUUUGACUUUUCCAGCAGCCACUACAACCCUUCCUCGGCCUCGAACUCACAGUCCUCGGACAAGAUCGGCGAGCUGAUUGAUUGCCUCGACAACAACAACAACAACAACAACAACAACAACAACAACAACAACAACAACAACAACAACAACAACAACAACAACAACAACAACAACAACAACAACAACAACAACAACAACAACAACAACAAUGACGAAGACGAUUUAGCCCUGCCAGCCCCUCGACCUGGUGAAUCCACGAUGCCAUGCCGGGAAGCAUUCUCGAUCGUCAGGAAGAUGCAGACGACUAGACCUGAUUACUACUACUGCGAUGCGGACGGACGUGAAGUUGAGAACGUUGCGAGGGAGCAAUGGAGGCCCGGGUUUCGAAGUGCUAUUGAGCCUGGGUCGGGAUGUAGGGUGCAGACGCAUUUGGUGUAUGAUUUUGUUGAUCAUAUCACUGGGCCUUGAUUUUAUCAGAUGGCACCAUCUCUGAAAGAUUAAAAAAAAAAAUGAGAGAGGUACUAUUGAUAGGCUAUUCCCUGAGAAAAAUGGGAAAAUACUAUGCAGGAUAAGGGGUCCAAAAAAGGAUGGAUGGAUAAGGCUAUGUGUGUGACUUCCAGGUUGGGAUCGUUGACCUCGGAACAAUCAAUUCAGAAGGUCUGAUUUUUGUUUUCGAGUUGGUUCCAAGAAGAAAACGGCCCGCGCCGGAGUCGAGUGGAACGGCGCCUUGCAGUCAAACCAGCAGACAUAUCAUAUACGUGGAAGAUGUGCUACCAUUUACACUUUUAUUCUAAAGGCAACGAACCACGGAUGGGAUCGGGUAACCGGAUUUGGUACACACGCAAGUCGGAGGGCGGUAUGGAAACUUUUACAUUUUUUUUCUAUUCUCCUGGACAUAAAUUAAAAACAGUAGACGUAAAAAAUACCUGACGUGUUCCUGUUUUU